CUUUCGACUUGAGGCUGUUUCUCAUAGGACACAAAGCUUCUGAGCUUACUCGUAUAUUCUUAAUAAAUAAACAGCGGCGAUAUCAUCGUAAACGGACCGCUAAUCUUCACGCAUAUUUUCUGCCGCGGUGUUUUUUGUUGUUGCAGUCAGUAUCGCGUGGAAUCCAAAUUACACAUGAUCCGAUAGGAGUUCGCGACGCGCUCGGUUCUUCACGCGGAUGAGACGUCGUUGCGUUCUUUCUACGUCUUCACGUAACGUUACAUUUGUGUUGUCGCGAAUUCCAUCCGGUCUGUAAAACAAACUGAAGUGCCGACGCGUUUAUGUUAACUGUUAUUUUGUUGAGGGGGCGAACCGGUCUCGGCUGCUCUCCCUUUGUUUGGGCCCAGGACUCGGCUGAAUCCACUGGAGCUCCGUCUCAAACGUCUCAUUCGACCGCGAAGGCUAUUUUAGGAUGGCUCCACAAAAACACGGAUCUGGUGGAAACGGGUUUUAUGCCAACAGCGGCGCGAGCAAAGCGGCUAAUGGAGGAGCUCACGUAUCGUCCGGUGUUGUGAUGACUUCAGUCAAGCGACCCAAGAUGGAGCAGGUCCAAGCCGACCAUGAACUCUUCCUGCAAGCCUUCGAGAAACCAACUCAAAUAUACCGGUUUCUUCGCACAAGGAAUCUUAUAGCACCAAUCUUCCUGCACAGGUCUCUUACAUAUAUGUCCCACAGAAACUCAAGAAUAAGUUCAAAAAGAAAAUGCUUUAGCGUGAAUGACCUGCUGUUCAAAGUGGAGAAGUCGAAAGUGGAUCAGGAAUCUCACAACAUGGCGUCAAACCUGCAGCUCACGUUUACUGGAUUCUUUCAUAAAACUGAGAAGCCAUUGCAGAACUCAGAGAAUGAAGAAAACUCGGUGUCUGUGGAAGUACUGCUUGUCAAGGUCUGCCACAAGAAGAGAAAGGAUGUAAGUUGUCCAGUAAAGCAAGUGCCUACAGGUAAAAAGCAGGUGCCUCUGAACCCAGACAGCAGUCAGACCAAGCUGGGAGCUUUCCCCACGCUGAUUGUGCCCAGCCAAGAGUUUGAACCCAGUAACAGCCACAUGGUGAAGUCCUACUCCCUUCUGUUCAGAGUGUCUCGUCCAGGGGGGAGAGAGCACAACGGCAUGACCACCAGAGAUACUAAUGUUAUGGAAGAGCUGUCUAACAGGAAGAAGAGAUACUGCUCUAAUCAGGAUGAUGAAGAAACUACAUUUGUGGCGCAAAUGACAGUUUUUGAUAAAAAUAGACGCCUCCAGCUUUUGGAUGGCGAGUAUGAAGUCUCCAUGCAGGAGAUCGAGGAGAGUCCUGUAGGCAAGAAAAGGGCAACAUGGGAAACCAUACUAGAUGGGAAGUGGCUUCCUCCCUUCGAGACCUUUUCCCAGGGACCCACGCUGCAGUUCACUUUGCGAUGGACCAAUGACACGGCUGACAGGGGAACGGCCCCAGUGGCCAAACCGCUUGCCACACGCAAUUCUGAAUCCAGCACAGUAGACAGCAGCAAGCCUAGCAAUGUGAAGCCGCCACAGGCAGUAGCUGUUAAUGAAUCAGUUGGCACUGAUCUACCAGUAAGAAGAGAACAAACUCAUGUUGAACCUCGUCAGAAACUACGUGUUUAUUAUCAGUUCCUGUAUAACAAUAACACACGGCAGCAGACGGAGGCCAGAGAUGACCUGCACUGUCCUUGGUGCACGUUGAACUGCCGUAAGCUCUACAGCCUCCUCAAGCACCUCAAGCUCUCCCACAGCCGCUUCAUCUUCAACUAUGUGCCUCAUCCUAAAGGAGCCAGGAUAGAUGUGUCGAUUAAUGAAUGCUAUGACGGCUCUUAUGUGGGCAACCCUCAGGACAUUCACUGCCAGCCUGGCUUUGCCUUCAGCCGUAACGGCCCAGUGAAGAGGACUCCAGUUACACACUUCCUUGUCUGCAGGCCCAAGCGCUCAAAACCCAGCCUCUCUGAGUUCCUGGAGUCAGAGGAUGGAGAACAGGAGCAGCAGCGAACGUACAUCAGCGGUCACAACCGCCUAUACUUCCACAGCGACAGCUGCAUGCCGCUUCGACCACAGGAAAUGGAUGUGGACAGUGAGGACGAGAGGGAUCCAGCAUGGCUCAGAGAGAAGACCGUUAUGCAAAUCGAUGAAUUCAUGGAUGUCAAUGAGGGAGAGAAAGAGGUCAUGAAAUUGUGGAACCUGCAUGUAAUGAAACAUGGAUUGAUAGCUGACAACCAAAUGAAUCAGGCCUGCUUGUUGUUUGUGGAGCAGCACAGCACCACCAUCAUCGAGAAGAAUCUUUGCCGGAACAUUCUGCUCCAUCUGGUCAGCAUGCACGACUUCGGUUUAGUAAAUACAGUGACCAUAGAUAAGGCCAUGGCUCACCUGAAACGGCAAAAAGACGGGCAGGAGCAAUCUAAAAUGCAAGACGAUGCUGAUGGUGGGUCCAGCUGCGAUGGUGAAGCCAGUGUAUCAAGUUUAGUCAACACCCAGAAUCACUGAAACCUCCUCCUCACACUCUGCGUUGAAUUGAGUGUCAGCGGGCAUGAGACGCCCCCUGGAUCUGAGAGCCACCAUAUUCUGCUCACUCACAGGGUUAAAGCUGAUGUCGAGUUAGAAGCAGGUUAUGUGGUUCGAUGGCCCCAUACUCUGCAGAUCAUGAUUUUGGCCUGAUGUUAUCAGAGUUCAAAGCAACUCUUUAUUAGGUUCAAAUUACUUGAAGAUGCCAUUAGUCUUUAUGAUGGACUGUACAAGCAAGUCAGAUUUUUCUCUUCCCACACAACCCUGUAGCUCUAGUACAUUUUUAGCACUUGUUUUGGGUGCCUGUUUUUAAAAGGACUAUGGAAAGAUUUUUUUUAAUAUAUUUUGAUUAUUAAUGGAUGGAAAUGGCUCCUACAAACUUGCUUUUACUGCAUAUUUUUCACAGGGGUUUAUGAACUCAUUCUGAAAACUUUAACAUUUUAGUUUUGCUUGUGUAUAGUUUCUUUUCAUAAUUUUGUGUGUGGAGUUUUUCAUCCUAAGUUUUUUUUUUUUUCUCCCUUAGUAUCCACUUUAAUGUUGCACCACACAUGAAAACUCCUAAUGAGUUUUUCUUUUUCUUUGAAUCUCUGAUUGAAGAACGAGCAUCAGUGCCGCAGGCCACCUGCGUCUACACUGCAGAGUUUAUCAGAGCCUUAAUUUCACUGACCUUGCAAAACACACACAGAGGAACAGGGUACUACAACACGGUGGGGUGGCGAAGCCUUGCAGAAAUGUUUACACUUGCCUUACUCAUGGAAACAUGGACUCUAAGCAGGGUUUGAACUUUUGGUCUAAAUCAGUGUGAAAAGGUUUCAUUUAUUCUUGUUUGAAUAAUUUCAAUGACACUUUACUGCACACAAUAUUGUGUCCAGUUCCAUACAUUAGUUUUAUCAUGGUGCAUUUGCUCUGGUGUGUCCAUCAGUUUAUCUCGUUUCCACUUGUCCUUCAUGGUGCCCAUUUGUUUGAUUUUUCAGGUGUUUCUGAGGAAACCUGUUGUAACGUGUACAUAAGUUUAGUGAUAUUACAUGAUGGCUUUGCUGAAGGGGACUGCAUUCCAGAAGGAAUAUUAUUUUAGACCAAAGUGAAAUGGCUAUAAUGUUUGUGUAGUUGGUUUCAAAUCAGAAAUGUAAGUCUUUAUAGUUGUUUUAUUUUUAUUUUUUGUUGUUGUUGUAUGCAUUGAUUUUAAAAGAAAGGGAUCUGUUUGUGAAUCAUUACUGCUUUAUUUCGCUACAACUGUGCACUGAGUUAAAUGUUUUUGGUCAAUAUUGGAGAUCAAUUAGUCAACUGGCUGAAGCUGUUGUCUAAUUGCAAAUUUUUGCAUAACACUCAAUACAGCAACAAAUUAAACAAGAUGUGGAUUACUGAUAUAAAGUAAUGUCAAAAACGAUAUUUAUAUCUUGAAUAUGAACAUUGAAACCUGCUUGAGUUUCUGAAUUAUGCUGAAACGUGCUUGAGGUUGCUCUUUAUUUAAAAUAAAGAUUUUUUUGUUUUACAAUUGA